GCGUAAUUGUUUGUAUUGUUUUCCCCCGUGUGGCGCGGACAGUUGUUUUCACCAUCAGAUAGGGCAGCAUGAACGCAGCCACCAUGCCGAACCACGACUUUAUGGAGCUGCAUCCGGUGCAUCAGCACCCGACAGGCUGCAAGCAGCACUGUUUCGUGUUUACCGAGAUAGCGGACAUCGAGCUGCCGCCCGAAAUCACCAAGUACCCGGAGAAGAUCAAGAAUGGCAGCAUCCACUCGUACACGAAGGAAAGCAUCUCGCCACCACCACCAAAGCUGGCCAAAGAGCGCCGCAGUCGCAAGAUAAUAGCGCUCGUGUCGGGGCUGCUGAUUUGCGUGGCCCUGGCAGCGGGAAUCCCGCUCGGGCUUCAGCUACGUUCGUCCUCGCUACUCGAGGCCCGGUUGGCCUUCAUCCGACGGUUGCUGGUGGAAUCGCCGCUUGUCGAAGGCUACUGGGCACCGCCGAUGGGAGCGAAUUUUAGUAAAAGCUUUGCUGAAGUCAAGAGCGGCAUGGUUGGAGCGCUCCUGUGGCCAAUCGCUGUGCCGUGCGCCGCCCAGUACCUGGACGCGGUACAACUGACGCUGGAAGGGUUGGAUGAUGCCAGGCGCCUCGUGCGCAAGAACGGUGACAUGGCCGUCGUCGAGAACGCGGACGAAAUGGAGCAGGCACACACCGAGGGCAAGCUGGCGAUCCUGUUCGGGCUCGAGGGAGGCCACACGCUCGGCUCAAGUUUGGCUGUUCUGCGAUCGAUGUACUCGCUGGGAGCACGAUUCGUUUCGCUGACCGGCGUCGGCUGCACCACACCGUGGGCAAGCGCUUCGAUUCGGAACGACUUCUUCGACGAGAAUCUCCCGUCCACGUUGACCAGCUUUGGCGAGAUUGUCAUUCAGGAAAUGAACCGGCUAGGAAUGUUGGUGGAAAUUUCUCGACUCUCCGAACCGGCCAUGAUGGUGGCGCUUAACGUGGCGAAAGCCCCGCUAUUACUCUCCAAUGCCCUACCGUCGUCGAUGGCGUGCAAUGGGUCAACGGCCGCCGUGCCGGACCACAUCCUUAGCGCACUGUCCCAGAACGGAGGAGUGCUGAUGCUGAACGUGGAACGGUGCGGCGACAAGGCGAUGUCGCUCAAGGAUGCCAUCACGGCCAUCAACUACAUUCGCGCGAUUGCUGGCGUCGACCAUGUCGGGCUCAGUGGGUCACCGAAGAACUACCCGCUGCUUCUGGCCGAACUGGCCCGUGACCGGUUGUGGGGCUCCGUUGCGAUCAAGAAGCUGGUCGGGGGGAAUAUUGUGCGGGUGCUGCGGGAAGUCGAAGCGAACAAAAACCGACUCCCGCUAUCGGAGGACUGGAUUCCGCUGGAGGCCAUCGAGGGGAACGCGUACUGCCGGUACCCGGAAACAUAAGGCAGCGUCGGCUGUCGUCGGCUUACAUUUGAUUCCUCUUUUACCUCCUUUGUCUCCCCGCAUUCCGAGGGCGCAGAAUUGCUACCUCCUAUCUCAGGCGGGUGGAGAACCAAGAUUACGAGUAUUACAAGUAUUAUCUUCCACACAGAGGCCCAAGUACAGCACGGUAGACAGCGGGAGCUAAUCAGUAACUGGAAGUAGUGCCCAAUUGACGAACUACCAUAGUAGAGUACCGGCCGUGGAUCACAAACCCGUGACAAGGGUACCAUUCCUAGAAACAGUAGUAGCUAAUAUGUUAUAGCGGAACCGUACAGCAGAAUCGAACAAAUUUUAUCGCAUAUCAAUUUCUUCCCAUAAGACGCAUUAUUUAUCUUCCCCGUGCGCUCUGGUUGUUUGUUUUUGCCUAUUGUUGCCACAGAGUUUUGCGCCUAUUUUCCUCGCGCACGUUAGGGUGGUGCGAUGUGGCGCGAUUACCGAACCUGCAGACGGUUCUUUCGGGAGCGGAUGAGUAGUUGGAUGUUGUAAAAGAGGGAUUACAUUCUAUUGGAACGGCAGCACCGUUAGAUGCGGAGUGUCAAUCGAACACUGAUAGUUCAGCCAUAGGCAUGACGCUAAAGUGUCCCAUCUCACGGUGAUGGACACUCUUUCUGGUGACGAUUUAGUUCCGUAAAGCGGAGUGUGCAUUCCAUCAUCACCUCACUCUCGUCUACAGCC